AUGUCUUCAUCCAGACCAAACUUUAAAGGGUCAACCUCCGCUAGAUUUGUCAAGAAUGACAAGCGAUCCAAAUAUCAAACUAGUCAAUACAGGACUCGACAGCAACAAGAACCAGAAGAUCCAUACAAGGCCAACAACCCUAUGCUUACAGAUUCCAUACAGAAGAAGGACUUGGUUUCUCGAAUUGACGAAAUGGAUUCGCUAAUGGGGUUUGACCGUUUUGAACACGGCGAAAAUGACGGUAAUAGACCCAGAAAAGGAUGGUUGAUCAAUAUGCACACAACAACAAUACCUAGUGAUAAUUACCUAACGGGCUAUUCUGGUGUCGACUACUACUUUUUAGAUGAAGAAGGGGGCAGUUUCAAAGCUACAUUACAGUAUGAUCCAUACUUUUUUAUUGAAACAAUUUCAACUGGACAUGAAUCAGAAGUUGAAGAAUGGAUGAGAAAAUUUUUAGAAGUGUGCAAUGUCAAAAGCUUUGGACGCGUCACUAGGGAAGAUUUAUCACUACCGAACCAUUUGCUUGGAUUGAAAAAGAAUCUUGUUAAAUUGACAUUUCAUAACAUACAAGAUUUGUUAUCAGCAAGGAGGUUGCUUACUCCCCUUAUAAAGGAUAAUCAAAUGAAGCGGGAAUCUAGAGAUGUGUUUAAUUUUGCUAAAGAGGUUGACGCAUCAGAUCCUUCACAACUAAUCAAUGACAUAAAGGAGUAUGAUGUACCGUAUCACGUUAGAGUCUCCAUUGACAAGCAAGUACGUGUUGGAAAAUGGUAUCAUGUUUAUGCUAAACAUUCUAAGAUAGAUAUUGUUGAAGACAAAGACAAGGUGGUUUUCCCCGAUCCAGUUGUGUUGGCAUUUGAUAUUGAAACCACCAAAGCACCUUUGAAAUUUCCCGAUGCCAAAAUUGAUCAAGUCAUGAUGAUUUCGUACAUGAUUGAUGGAGAAGGGUUUUUAAUCACCAACAGAGAAAUCAUUUCUGAAGAUAUUGAGGAUUUCGAAUACACACCAAAACCCGAGUAUCCUGGAUUAUUUACCAUUUUUAACGAGCAAGAUGAGAAACAUGUAUUGAUGAGAUUUUUUGAACAUAUAAGAGAUGCAAGACCAACAGUCAUUGCUACAUUCAAUGGUGAUUUCUUCGAUUGGCCAUUUGUCGAAAAUAGAGCUAGAUUCCACGAUUUAGACAUGUUUGAUGAAAUUGGGUUUGCAAAGGAUAAUGAAGGUGAAUACAAGUCGAAAUAUUGUGUUCAUAUGGACUGUUUUCGAUGGGUCAAGAGAGACUCCUACUUGCCUCAAGGUUCACAAGGUUUGAAGGCAGUUACCACCGCCAAGUUGGGCUAUAAUCCAACUGAACUUGACCCCGAGUUGAUGACACCAUACGCCUACGAAAAGCCCCAAUUGUUGUCAGAGUAUUCGGUUUCCGAUGCUGUUGCUACUUACUACUUGUACUAUAAGUAUGUGCAUCCAUUCAUCUUUUCAUUGUGUACCAUUAUUCCUUUGAAUCCUGAUGAAGUUUUACGGAAAGGUACAGGAACCUUGUGUGAGAUGUUGUUGUCGGUUCAAGCAUAUGAGAAUAAUAUCUUGUUGCCAAAUAAACAUUCGGAUCCAAUCGAAAGGUUUUAUGAUGGUCAUUUAUUAGAGUCGGAAACAUAUGUUGGUGGACAUGUCGAGUCACUAGAAGCUGGUGUGUUUCGUAGUGAUAUUGAGACCGAUUUCAAGGUCGAUCCAACCGCUAUUGAUGAAUUAUUAGGAAACUUACACAACUCAAUUAAGUUUUGCAUUGAAGUUGAAAACAAUAAAAAGAUGGAGGAUGUAGAGAACUUUGAUGAAGUAUACAAUGAAAUCAAAGAGACGUUAUUGGAUAUGAAAAACAAUCCAGUGAGAAAAGAGGUGCCAUUGAUUUACCACGUGGACGUUGCUUCUAUGUACCCCAACAUUAUGACAUCAAAUCGUUUACAACCAGACUCCAUGAAAUCGGAGGAGGAUUGUGCUGCUUGUGACUUUAACCGACCGGGGAAAACCUGCGAUAGGAGACUUCCUUGGUCUUGGAGAGGUGAGUAUUAUCCAGCAGAGAUGAAUGAAUAUAAUAUGAUGAAGCGAACAUUGCAAAAUGAACAAUUUCCAGGACAGAAGCCGUGGUUGCCGCCAAGAACAUUUGAUGAGCUUUCAUAUGCUGAGCAGGCCUCGGCUAUCAAGAAAAGAGUUAGUGAUUAUUCCAGAAAAGUGUACCACAGAGUCAAGCAAAGUCAAGUUGUUACUAGAGAAGCUAUCAUUUGUCAAAGAGAAAACCCGUUUUAUGUUGAUACUGUGAGGAGUUUCAGAGAUAGAAGAUAUGAGUUCAAAGGCUUGGCUAAAGUUUGGAAGGGGAAAGUCAACAAGAUUGAUCGGUCUGAUAAAGCAGCAAGAGAUGACGCCAACAAAAUGGUGGUGUUGUAUGAUUCCUUGCAAUUGGCGCAUAAAGUCAUUUUGAACUCCUUUUACGGGUACGUAAUGAGAAAAGGAUCCAGAUGGUACUCGAUGGAGAUGGCCGGGGUUACUUGUCUAACAGGAGCAACAAUCAUUCAAAUGGCAAGAGCAUUGGUUGAACGUAUUGGCAGGCCUUUGGAGUUGGACACUGAUGGUAUUUGGUGUAUUCUACCAAAGAGCUUUCCCGAGAAUUUCAAUUUGAAAUGCAAGGAUGGAAAGAAAAUCUUUUUGGAGUAUCCAUGUUCUAUGUUGAACUAUUUGGUUCAUGAGAGAUUCACCAAUGACCAGUACCAGGACUUGGUUGACCCAGAAACAUUCAAGUACAAGACCAGAUCAGAUAAUUCCAUUUUCUUUGAAGUGGAUGGACCCUAUAAAGCAAUGAUAUUGCCCACAUCCAAAGAAGAAGGCAAAGGUUUGAAAAAAAGAUAUGCUGUUUUUAACGACGAUGGAUCAUUAGCGGAAUUGAAAGGAUUUGAAUUAAAAAGAAGAGGUGAACUUCAAUUGAUUAAAAAUUUUCAAUCGGAUAUUUUCAAAUUGUUCUUAGAAGGCGAUACUUUGGAAUCUUGUUAUCAAGCAGUGGCCACAGUGGCCAACAAUUGGCUUGAUGUGUUGGAUACAAAGGGAGGAAUGUUGGAAGAUGAAGAUCUCAUUGAACUUAUUUGUGAAAACAGAAGUAUGUCUAAGAGCUUGGCGGAGUAUGGGGAUCAAAAAUCUACAUCAAUCACAACUGCAAGACGAUUGGGCGAGUUCUUGGGAGAGGAUAUGGUUAAAGAUGCUGGUUUAGCAACAAAGUAUAUCAUCAGUGCCAAACCUAUUGGUGCCCCGGUUACAGAACGAGCAAUUCCAGUUUCUAUCUUUUCGUCGGAAAAGAAGGAGAUAUUUAUGAAGAAAUGGCUAAAAGAUCCGUCGUUGAAUAAAUUCAGCCCACGUGAUGUCAUUGAUUGGGGUUACUACCACGAGAGAUUGGCAUCAGUCGUGCAGAAAAUUAUCACCAUUCCUGCUGCGUUGCAAAAUGUCAAUAAUCCAGUUCCUAGAGUACCUCAUCCUGAUUGGUUGAGGAAAAGGGUUGAAAACAGAGAAAGCUCUAAACAACAAAAGUCAAUUGGGCAAUUUUUCAAUGCUGGAACCAAGGAUGAAAAUAAAGUUCAGGAUAUUGAAGAUUUUGGAGAAAUUGAUACCGGCGCGGUCAAGGCGAAAAUGAGUUCGGUUAGAUUGAAAAAGAGGAAAGCGGCAAGAGCCAAUUUGGUUUAUGACUCUGAAGAGGAGGAGAAGCACCAAGCCAUUUUGAAUGGAACUUGCCCCGACAUGACUCAAAAUUACAGUGGUUUCUUGCUGUUUCAGAAAGCUAAAUGGACAAUGCAAGCAUCAGGCAGAGAAAGAAGACGUAAACUCUUUGGGGCACAAGCUCAAAGUGCGCAAAGGUCAACCGUUGGUGGUAUGAUGAGAAAACAAGCAGAAAACAUUGCUGGAAGCAAUUGGGAGAUUCUUGAAUAUAAACCUGAUCCUAUGAAACAGGGUGAUUUGAAAGUUUACGUUUCAGCAGGAGAGAAAAUCCACACAUUCAAUUUCCAUGUGCCGAAAAAGAUUUAUGCUUCAUUCAAGAGUCCUCUUUCUUUGAAACAUGCUAUUGCCGGUUGUGAAAUUGAGAAAUCAAAUGCCAUAUUACCCAACUCGCAUGAUGCUACUAAUUUGUACAAAUUUGUCAUGCCACAAUCGGUCUACCAAGACCAAAUAGCUGAUGUCGAUAGCGUGUUCCAAAGUUCAAACAUAUUGGGUAUCUAUGAGGCCAACGUUGAACCAAUUGAACGAGCAGUGAUUGAUCUAGGAAACACAGUCAAAUUUGACGAUACCAAAGUGGGAGCUCUUGGUAAAGGAUUGAAAAAUGGGUUCAAUACCAAAGAGUUGUCAAAGGUUGACAAUGAGUCCUAUUUGAAUAAAUUUGAUAUGGAUGUGGUUUAUCUUCUCCAUAUUGUCACCAAUAGUUAUGAGUACUAUACAAUUUUCAAAUCCUGGGAUAAUCAAAGCACAAUGUUUGUGUUAAAACCAACGGCAAAUGCUCAAGAGUUGCCUAAUAACAUUUCAAAAAUCUAUGGAGAAGUGUUUGAAAAUAAGCGGGAGAAAUUGAGAAAGAUGUCGCGCAUUAUUGACUAUCCUGAAGAAAUGGCUUUUGAUGUGCUGUAUUACCAUGAUAAAUUGAAGUUGUUGAAAAAAUUGAAUCAAACAAUCGGUAGAAUUCAUGAAAGUCGAAGCAAUAAAGCUUUGUUGGCAAUACAGUCACCAUACAUUUCAAAGAUUACUCCUCUUUUAACUGCUGCUGCAGAAUUCCCUACUAUAAAAAUGGCUAUUAGUGAACUUACCCUUCCAGCAAUUGGAUGGCAAGUGUUGAUUUCCAAACGAGUAAUGAAUCAUUAUUUUGCCUUGGCGUCGUGGAUUAAAAAUUUGAUUGCGUUGUCAAAAUACGGGAAAGUGCCACUUUGUAAUUUGCAAGUUGAAAGUGUUGGAUACUUGAUUGAUGUGGAAUAUGCCAGAAGGUUAACCGAGAACAAUAUUGUUCUUUGGUGGUCGCAUAGCCCAUUGCCUGAUCAUGGAGGAUUUGAGAUGGAUAAAGUCAUCACAUCUGAAUCAUUGGAGUUCCCCACAAUCAAUAACCCUGAGAUCUAUGAAACUGCGUGUUUGGAAGUUGAAAUUGGCACAUUGACAAUCAAUACAAUUUUGACCAGUUCGUUAAUUAAUGAGGCCGAGGGUACUGAUUUGGCUGAAGAUGGGGUGCAGUUUGAUAGUAACAAUGGUGCUUCCACGUUUGCUGAAGAUUCGUUUUCCUCGCCAGCUCUAGCUAUAUUAAGAAACAUGGUUAAAGAUUGGUGGGAUGAUGCCCUUGGAAACAACGUAAAUGCAGAUUUUGUCAUGAGUGCAUUGAUCACUUGGGUACAAAGGAAGGAUUCGUUCUUGUACGACCCUUCAUUGCAUUAUCACGUACACAAUUUGAGUUCAAAAGCAUUGUUGCAAUUGGUUAGCGAGUUUAAGAGGAUGGGAGCACAAGUCAUAUUCGCCAAUAGAACCAGGAUGUUGAUCCAAACUACCAAAGUAUCAGUUGAGAACUCUUAUGCUUAUGGACAAUAUGUCUUAAAAGCAGCUCGGUCGAAACCGCUUUUCAAUUUCCUUGAUUUGAAGAUUGUCAAGUAUUGGGACAUUUUAAUAUGGAUGGAUGAAUUCAAUUAUGGGGGACGCAAUUGUAAUGAGAUUACGAGUGAGGAAACUCAAGAUUUAGUGGUGGAGAAUUAUUGGCAAAUUAAGAAGUUUCUCCCCAUUGUGUUGCAAAAUGAAUUUGAAGAUUGGGUAUUUAUCUUUUUGGAUGCGUUAUCUCAAUACAAGAUAAAAAACUUGACGGGUAGUGGUACUCAAAUAGGUACUCCACGAGUGACGCAGGUUCUCCACAUAUUGAAUGGACAAAAGAAGUUGCAAACUCAAGAAGUGCAGGAAGUUGAUGAUAUUGAAAAUGGAGUGGUUGAGAUUUUUAGAAAGCCAUUGCAAAAGAGAAUUGAGAAAUUAUAUCGCAAACAAAUUGAUUCAAUAAUUAAUCCCGAAUUUAAAAAGGAGUAUGAAUUUCCCAAUUUACCUGGGUCUCAUUUAACGUUGAAAAAUCCAACUUUGGAAUUGGUUAAAUUCAUUUGUGCUGUUUUCAGUUUAUCGAAAAAGAGAAAUAUUGAAGUACGUUUACUCAAGAAGGAAUUGUUGCAAAUCUUUGACGUUAAGGAAUUCAGUUCGCAGGCCAAUUUCGUUAAUCCAAGUACAUCAUUGAAAUUGCCUCAUGUUAUAUGUGACUAUUGUAAUCAUAUAAGAGAUGUUGAUUUGUGUCGUGACGAAGAAAUAAAUGUGUGGAAUUGUACUUUAUGUCAUCGACCAUACAACAAAAUUGCCUUGGAAGAAGAGACAAUCGCAAACUUGAUGAAGUUGUUGACAGAUUUUUAUAAUCAAGAUUUACAAUGUGGUAAAUGUGGCAGUAUUAGAAAGGGCAAUUUGGAUUUAUUUUGUUCGUGCUCUGGUAAUUGGACUGAGACUGUUAGUCACGUAGAUGUUGAUCAAAGGGUGCAUGUGUUUGCUAAUGUUGGUAAGUUUUACAAUAUGCAGCUUUUGAAAGGUGUUUUGGAGGAGCUUAUGUAG